AUGGCGAAAACGAAGCUGCCGACGAUGAAGCGGAAGCUGAGGUGGGUUGCCGUGCUGCUGAUUCUCUUCAUUGCGGUCACGACUGUUCUGUCCCUCAGCUUUGUCCCCGCUGCCGAUGAUGGUGCACCGGCACCCAACAACCUCCGCCACCCGCGAGCCUCCGCAGUGGACGACGCAGCGCUUGCUUACAUCCCACGCCGUGUUGUGGAUACGUGGAGCCGGCGGGAGUAUCUGGUUGUGCUGGGCAUCAUCUCCACCGACGACGAGGCGAGGCGAACACGACGCAACCUGCAGCGGACGACGUGCUGGCGGUUCCCCGGAGUGGCGACGAGGGCGAACGACUUCACCGGUGCGAUGCUUGCGCUGUACGUCCUUGGGCGACACCCGUCGCACGGCUACGACUACUCUGCCGCGCUGCUGGAAGAGGCGUCGCAGUGGCACGACGUGGUUGCGCUGCCAAUGAACGAGGGCCGCGUGACUACUAACAAAACAGUUGGUCAAUACGGCUCGAGGAGCGAUGAGGAGGAGAUUGGUAUGAGCCGCAAGACGUACAUGUGGUUUGACCUUGCGCACCGCCUGUUCCCGACCGCGAGGUACAUUGCGAAGGGCGAUGACGACAUUUUCCUCCGUGUGCCGCUGUUUGUUGCUCACCUGCGCCUACUGCCGCGCCGAGGGAUCUACAUGGGCGUCCAUGCAGGAGAUUCAUUUUUGGUUAAGAAAUGUUUUCUACAUGUGGCGUUUAUUGUAGGAUAUUGCUACACCUUGUCGAGGGAUGUGGCGGAGGCGUUGGUGUCGUACGAACCGCUGCGCCGCCUGGCCUACUUGCCGUACAGCAAGGAACGUGAUGACGAAUUUGCACUGCUGGGGUUUUUGUACGAGGACGCCAUGGUUGGUUUGGUUCUUGAGAAGGAAGUGAAGUACCAGCCGAUGUUGUACGUCAAGGUGCUGGGUUGUCAUUUCCAUGACGCUCGCAAUGAAACGGGGCACUCGCAGGUGGUGCCGACCUCGAUUUGUGUCCAUCACGUGCUGGAGGACGACUACGCUGCACUGAUGGCGCGCUUCGGCAACGACACAUCGCCUGUCGCCCGUGUGGAACGUGUCUCCGACGACGUGAUAUACCCGUCGUGCGAUUGA